UCUUCACUCUCACAUUCUCCUCUUCCGCCAUUUCUUCAAUGCCAUUCGCCUACGCACAGCGUUGCUAUUAGCUUCCUUCUUCUUCUUCUUCUUCUUCUUCUUCCUCUGUUUUGUUUGGCUUUGGAUUUCGCACGUCUCUCUCCGAAUCUUCCCUCAUGUCGUUCUUUUCCGGUAUCUUACUCGGCAUUGUUGUCGGCGUCUUACUGAUCGUCGCUCUUGCUCGCGCUGCGAGCGUUCGCGCCAAGUGUCGCUCCGAUUUGGCGAUGACUAUUGCGGCAUUUGCAAGAAUGACGGCACAGGAUUCGAGAAAAGUUAUUCCCAAGGAGUUUUAUCCGUCGUGGGUUGUUUUUACGCAGCAACAAAAGUUACAUUGGCUCAAUCAUCAGCUUGAGAAAAUCUGGCCAUAUGUUGAUGCGGCAGCAUCGGAGCUGAUAAGGAGCAAUGUGGAGCCGGUUCUCGAACAAUUUCGACCGGCUAUAUUAUCCUCUUUGACGUUCUCGAAGUUGACCCUUGGUACUGUAUCUCCAAAUUUUACAGGAAUCGAUGUACUUGAAGAUGAGGCAGACACUGGUGGAAUAACCUUGGAGUUGGAGAUGCAGUGGGAUGGUAAUCCAAACAUUGUUCUUGACAUUAAAACUAAACUCGGCGUUUCUUUACCAGUACAGGUAAAAGAUAUUGCAUUCACAGGGCUUUUCAGAUUAAUGUUCAAACCAUUGGUCGACGAGUUUCCUUGCUUUGGAGCAGUGUGUUAUUCUCUGAGGAAGAAGAAAAAUCUUGAUUUUAAACUUAGGAUUAUUGGAGGAGAUAUAUCAUCUAUUCCUGGGGUUUCUGUUGCUAUUGAGGAAACAAUUCGAGAUGCAAUCGAAGGUAGCAUAAUGUGGCCUGUUCGGCAGAUUGUGCCCAUCAUAGCUGGAGAUUAUAGUGACUUAGAGGCGAAGCCUGUUGGAACAUUAGAACUGAAGCUCGUGCAAGCAAAGGAAUUAACCAAUAAAGACAUUAUAGGAAAGUCAGAUCCUUAUGCUGUGCUGUUUAUACGGCCAUUGAAAGAGAGAAUGAAAACAAGUAAAACCAUUAACAAUCAAUUGAAUCCCAUAUGGAAUGAGCACUUUGAAUUCAUUGUUGAAGAUGCGUCUACUCAACACUUGACUAUAAGAGUUUUUGACGACGAAGGAGUUCAGGCAUCAGAACUAAUUGGAUGUGCUCAAUUUGCAUUGAAGGACCUCGAGCCUGGUAAAGUGAAGGAUGUUUGGUUGAAGCUGGUGAAAGAUUUGGACAUCCAAAGAGAUAACAAAAACAGGGGUCAGGUGCAUUUGGAGCUUCUUUACUAUCCCUUUGGCACUGAUAAGAACCUCUAUACAAACCCAUUUGACCCAGAUUAUACAUUGACCUCGGUGGAGAAGGCUCUACAGACGGCUCCGUAUGGCUCAGAAGAUUCGGAUUCUGGAAAACCAAGUUCCCCACAGAAGAGGGAUGUGAUAGUGAGAGGAGUCCUGUCUGUGACAGUAAUAGGUGCUGAAGAGUUGCCUUCUGUAGAUUUCAUGGGAAAAGCCGAUCCAUACGUUGUCCUCGUUAUGAAGAAAUCCGAGACCAAAGUUAAAACCAGGGUUGUACAUGACACUCUGAACCCUGUCUGGAAUCAAACGUUCGACUUUCUGGUGGAGGAUGCAUUACACGAUUUGCUAAUUUUAGAGGUCUGGGAUCAUGACACUUUUGGAAAGGAUAAACUGGGGAGGUUCUUAAUGACGCUGACAAGAGUGAUAUUGGAAGGAGAAAUUCAGGACAGUUUUCCACUGGAAGCAACCAAAUCAGGGCGGAUUUUUGUGCAUCUCAAGUGGGCAGCUCAGCCAAUCUUCCGAGACACUUGAAACAAAAAAA